CCGGGCCCGAGCCCCGCGCGGCUCAUGGCGGGGCCGCGGGUCGCGCUGCUGGCUUGGUGCCGCCGCCAGUGCGAGGGCUACCGCGGCGUGGACAUCCGCGACCUGAGCAGCUCCUUCCGGGACGGCCUGGCCUUCUGCGCCAUCCUGCACCGGCACCGGCCCGACCUGCUAGAGUUUGAUUCACUUUCCAAGGACAAUGUCUUUGAGAAUAACCGUUUGGCCUUUGAAGUGGCUGAGAAGGAGCUGGGAAUCCCUGCUCUCCUGGACCCCAGUGACAUGGUCUCCAUGCGUGUCCCUGACUGCCUCAGCAUCAUGACCUACGUGUCCCAAUAUUACAAUCACUUCGCCAGCCCUGGCCAAGCUGGGGUCUCAUCACCCAGAAAGGGCCUGGCAGCAUCUUCCCCGCCAUCCAAAGCACCCACUCCCGCGGAACCAGGAGGCAGGGCUCAGGGCGAUGAGUGCUCCUCGGGCAGCCUUUCAGAGCAGGGCGCCCACCGGACCCCCAGCAGCACGUGUGCGGCCUGCCAGCAGCACGUGCACCUGGUGCAGCGUUACCUGGCCGACGGCAAGCUGUACCACCGGCACUGCUUCCGGUGUCGGCGGUGCUCCAGCACCCUGCUCCCCGGAGCUUACAGGAGUGGGCCAGAAGAGGGCACCUUCGUGUGUGCGGAGCAGUGCGCCAGGCUGGGCCCUGGUGGGCGGUCAGGGGCCAGGCCCGUACUCCCCGCACAGCCAAAGCAGCAGCAACUUAUAGAAGAAGCCAAGGAUGUGGAGAGAGGCGGCCCCAGCCCUAAUGCGGCUGCAGGGCCCGAGGUGGACGUACCCAAGGCCAGCCCCGACGGCCGACCCCAGAUCCCCACCAAGCCCCGGGUUCCUGGCAAACCACAGGAGCUGGCCAGCACCCCGGGCAGCCGCCCCACACCUGCCCCCAGGAAGGCCUCUGAGAGCACAGCCCUGACGCUCCCCACGCCCCGGCCCCGGUCCAGCCUGCAGCAGGAGAACUUGGUGGAGCAGGGAGGCGCCAGCAGCCUGGUGAAUGGGAAGCUGCAUGAGCCCCCCAUCCCCAAGCCCAGAGGGACACCCAAGCUGUCAGAGAGGACACCAGCGCCCAGGAAAGACCCCCCAUGGAUCACACUGGUGCAGGCAGAGCCAAAGAAGAAGCCAGCCCCCCUGCCCCCGAGCAGCAGCCCCGGGCCAGCACCCCCGGGCCGGGACAGCAGGCAGGUGGAGAACGGAGGUGUGCAUGAGGUGGCUGGCCCGGAGCCCAAGCCCUACAACCCCUUCGAGGAGGAGCAGGAAGAGCCCCCAGCUGCACCCCGUGCAGCUACCGGCCCUGCCCCGACUCACCCGGAGUCCACACCCAAGUCCCUGCACCCCUGGUAUGGCAUCACCCCCACGAGCAGCCCCAGGACAAAGAAGCGCCCCGCCCCCCGAGCACCCAGUGCAUCCCCCCUUGCUCUCCACACCUCCCGCCUGUCACACUCGGAGCCACCCUCAGCCACCCCGUCGCCAGCCCUCAGCGUGGAAAGCCUGUCAUCCGAGAGCUCCAGCCAGCCCCUAAGUGGGGAGCUUCUGGAGCCGCCAGUUGUGCCCAAGAGCUCCUCAGAGCCUGCUGUCCAUGCCCCGGGCAGCCCUGGGACCUCGGCCAGCCUCUCUGCCAAUUCCUCCCUGUCCUCCUCUGGGGAGCUGGUGCAGCCCAGUGUGGACCAGACACCUCAAGCCAGCCCUGGCCUUGCCCCCAGUACUAGGGGCAGCCCAGGUCCCCCUCCAGCCAAGCCUUGCAGUGGCGCUGCUCCCACCCCUCUCGUGCUGGUUGGAGACAAGAGCCCUGCGCCUUCCCCUGGAACCUCGUCCCCACAGCUCCAGGUAAAGUCUUCCUGCAAGGAGAAUCCUUUUAACCGGAAGGCAUCACCCACAGCGUCCCCAACCGUAAAGAAGGCCACCAAGGGCUCCAAGCCAGCGAGACCGCCUGCCCCAGGACACGGCUUUCCGCUCAUCAAACGCAAGGUUCAGGCUGACCAGUACAUCCCCGAGGAGGACAUCCGUGGAGAGAUGGACACCAUCGAGCGUCAGCUGGAUACCCUGGAGCACCGUGGGGUCCUGCUGGAGGAGAAGCUGCGUGGUGGAGUGGACGAGGGCCGUGAGGAUGACAUGCUGGUGGACUGGUUCAAGCUCAUCCACGAGAAGCAUCUGCUGGUUCGGCGGGAGUCCGAGCUCAUCUAUGUCUUCAAGCAGCAGAACCUGGAGCAACGCCAGGCUGACGUGGAGUAUGAGCUCCGGUGCCUUCUCAACAAGCCAGAAAAGGACUGGACAGAACAGGACCGGGGCCGAGAGAAGGUGCUGAUGCAGGAGCUUGUGACCCUCAUCGAGCAGCGCAACGCCAUCGUCAACUGCCUAGAUGAGGACCGGCAGAGGGAGGAAGAGGAAGAUAAGAUGUUGGAAGCCAUGAUCAAGAAGAAAGAGUUCCAGAAGGAGGCUGAACCCGAGGGCAAGAAGAAGGGGAAGUUCAAGACCAUGAAGGUGCUGAAGCUGCUAGGAAACAAGCGUGAUACCAAGAGCAAGUCCCUGGGAGACAAGAGCUAACAGCGUGGGCUGCCAG